AUGCGAUCGUUGGUGGAGUCAACCAACCGAUGGCAGGAGACCGUUAAACACAGCGCGAGCUUAUCAGACCUGCAGCGCGCCGUGAAGUUCAACGGCCCCGACAGCCCCUGCGUCACCGGAUGCCGCUCCGUGUGCUGGAAGGCCUUCUUGCUGGGCCACGGCUCCAGCACGGCGGCGAAUUGGUCCCAUGCGCUGCUGGAGUCCAGGAGUACAUACGCCUCCCUGAGAGACCACUUUCUAAAGUACAUAAAACACCCCGAGUACCUUGCCAAUGUGAACACCGACCCCCUGGCGGAUGACGCAGAUUCACCAUGGAACACUUUGAGGCAGGAUGAGAUCCUGCGGGCCGAGAUUCUGCAAGACGUCCAGCGUCUACCCGAUGAGCCCUUCUACCACAGGCCCGACAUACAGACGCUCAUCCUCGACGUGCUAUUCAUCUACUGCAAGCUGAAUCCGGACGUCGGUGGGUACCGCCAGGGCAUGCACGAGCUCCUGGCCCCGAUCGUCUACGUCGUUGAGCAGGAUGCCAUCAAUCCCGCCGACGCCGCUUCCGACGGGUCCGCGGAUCUGACCAUGGUGGAGAUGCUAGACGCGAACUUUGUCGAGCACGACUCGUUCGCCCUGUUCUCAAAGCUGAUGGAGCGCGCAAAGGCGUUCUACGAGACUGGCGAGACGUCGAAGCUGGGGCAGUCGACCAUUGUUGAGAAGAGCCAACAUAUCCAUGAGGUUCUCCUCUACAAGAUCGACCCGGACCUCUCGAAUCACCUGAAGAACAUCGAGGUUCUUCCCCAAAUAUUUCUCAUCCGUUGGAUCCGGCUUUUGUUUUCGCGCGAAUUUCCUUUUGAGCAGAUGCUCGUACUCUGGGAUACCCUUUUCUCUGUUGAUCCUUCUCUUCGUCUUAUAGAUUACAUCUGCACCGCAAUGCUUAUUAGAAUCCGAUGGGAUUUGCUAGAAGCAGACUAUUCUGUUGCUUUACAACUGCUUUUGAAAUACCCACCUCCACAGGCACCUCACGGGCCGCAUACUUUCGUCGACGAUGCUGUCUACCUUCGUGACCAUCUGGGUUCAGAAGGAGGGGCGACUUUGAUUCGGAAAUAUACUGGUAGAGAUCCAGCACCGGUCACUUUGCCCCGUCCGUCAACGCCAGUCUCAACAGGACUUGGGAUACGGCAGGGAAAUAGGGGCGGCAGGUCUCCCCUAUCCCCUCCGCGCUUCAUGCAACAGCAAGGCGGCGUGGAAGCCCUGUUCCAGAGUGCCGCCAAGGGAGUUCUGGAACGCAGCCAAAAGCUCGGGGUCAACCAGGCGGUGCGUGACGCGCUGGUUGAGAUCAGGCGCAAUGUCAACGAAGCUAGAAGCUCGAUGAAGGCCGGCCGUGAUCUUUUCUCAGAUCCUGUCUCGAACACCACGGCGAUGAGAGCUGUUGCCGCUAUGGAUCGACGGAACAAGCAGUUGGCAUCCAUGCUGGAUGAGACCAUGUCCACCCUGAAGGCGCUGGCAUCGCCAGAAUCCGAUGCCUUCCAUAACCUCACGGAGAACCUGGAGAUUGCUGUGGCCAAGAUCCAGUUCGUCAAGAUUUACCUAGAAGAUUCCACAAUGGCCCUUCCCGAAGACGCCGCCGGCAAGUCCCCAUCAGAGGAAACAACAGGGAUGGCAAUCCCGGAGCCAGAGCCAGGGCCCCUCGCAGAGGCGGUUGCCGCCAUGGUCAUCAACACACCUGACAUGGCCGUCGACUCGCCCGACCCAGAAGCAACGCAAGCACCAGUACCCACUCCUUCAGAGCCCCCAGCAAUGGGACCAGCAACCGACACCAUGGAGACGGAUCCCCUCUCCUCGUCCCGGACAGCAACACCCACGCAACCGACAUCGCUGCAACGGCCACAUGCACCAAUACCCACACGGUCCACACUAGCCCAGUCCUCGUUUGCGUGGAUGCUCGAGCCAGACCAGUCGGCCUCAUCGGCACCGUUACCCCAGCCUGCCUUGGAAUCGAAGCCCAGACCGGCCAAUAAACACCACAAGAAGCCGUCGGCGAACGCCAGCCGCGAGAGGACGGCCUUCUUGUUCGGCGAGGUGCCCUCGGGCGGUGGCGACGGGAAGGCGGUCCUGCCCGAGGACAUCUUUGGGCUGCAGCCGAUGGGGAAGAGCAAGAGCCAGGGCCGGCUGUGGGAUGACUGA